ACAGCUUAGAGAGGAUGCUAUGGUUACUCUCUUCUAUAAUUUUAAUUUUUACAAUUUACCUAUGCUUAACGAGAACUUAUGGUUAUUGGGAGAAAAGGGGGAUACCUUAUGUUAAACCAAUUCUGUUAUUUGGUUCGUACGGUAUACAAUGGAAUAAGCCUCAAGGUUAUGUCGAAUUAGAAUGGUGUCAAAAAUAUGGAAGGAUUUUUGGGAUUUUCGAAGGAAGAAAACCAAUUUUGAUUUUAGCCGAACCAGCUCUAAUAAAAGACGUUUUUGUUCGCGAUUUCCAAGUAUUUUCGAGUCCACGAGAUUUAAAAUUCGGUAAUCCAAUCAUCGAUCGAAUGCUAGUCUCGCUAGAUAGUGAAGAAUGGAAACGUGUACGUACUAUUAUGACGCCGACAUUCAGUUCAGGAAAAAUAAAAACAAUGUGCUACUUAAUUAAAGAAUGCGCUUUGGCAUUAAAAAAUAAUUUCUCGUUUGAAGCAAGAAAGGAAAAGGAAAUAGAAUGCGGAAGGUUGUUCGGUGCAUUUACGAUCGACGUGAUAGCUAGAUGCGCUUUUGGCACCAGAUUAGAUUCUUUUAAUGAUCCCGAUAAUCCUUUCGUGGAAGCUGUUAGACAUUUAUUUAGUAAAAGAACUUGGCGGGUCACAUUUGCUUUUUCUGUUCCGCGCUUGGCUAAAUUAUUUCGACUGAGCUUAUUUUCGCCGAAAGUUAUUUCGUUCUUCAAGCAACUCGUACUUCAGUUAAUCGAAGAGCGAAAAAAGGAACCGAAAAGUAUAAAGAAAGAUUUUCUCCAAUUGCUGCUAGAUGCUAACGAGGAGAAUGUAGAAACUAGCAACAAUCAGGAACGUAGAAAAGUUCUCUCCUUGGACGAGAUUGUGGCUCAAUGCAUUCUGUUCAUUCUGGCUGGAUAUCACACUACCACUAACACUCUAAUAUUAACAGCUUACAAUCUAGCUCUUAAUGAAGAUUGUCAGCAGAGAUUGAUUGAAGAGAUAGAUGCCACUACGAAAAAUUCGGAAGACUCGAGUUUCUCAUAUGUGAAUGACAUGAAAUACUUAGAAGCUGCGAUCAAUGAGUCAUUGAGAUUUUGCUGCCCGGUUCCUAGGAUUGAAAGAAGACCAGUUCGAGAUAUUAAAUUGAGUAACACUGAAAUAGUCAUACCAAAAGGGAUGUUAGUAGCCGUGCCCGUUUACGCUAUGCAUCACAAUCCAGAAUGGUACAGCAAUCCCGAAAUUUACGAUCCAACAAGAUUCCUGCCAGAGAAUAAAUCCUUUAUCGAACCUUAUACCUUCCUACCGUUCGGUGCCGGCCCCAGGAAAUGCUUAGGAAGAAGAUUCGCCAUGAUGGAGAUGAAAAUAUGUUUGAUAACCCUCUUAACACAUUUCAGAUUCCUGAAAUGCCCUUCCACUAAGAUUCCGUUACAAUUUUAUGGUGGAUUGGGUUUACAUCGACCGAAAGACGUGAUGAUCCGAAUCGAAGAGAGAAACAGUUGAGGAUUUUUAUAUAAAUAUAAAUAUAUUUUACUAUAAAAUAAUCUUUUUUAAAAUAUAUUUUUAUGAAAUAAAUAAUUGUAGCUGGAAUUAAGCUUAUUUUUUUUUUUGAGGGGGAUGAAACUCCCAAGUGUGGCAUCCAUAUAAGUUAGCUUCUUACAUAACUAAAUUUACAAUGAAUAAAUAUUCGAAAUUUAGAAAGAAAUUUGUUAAAAUUUUUCAUUUAAAAUGCUUCAGUUAGCUUUGAGUUUAAUUAGUGUUGCUGUAUAUGAAGAAAAAUGCAUAUCAAAUCUUCCAUUGAACGAAUAUGGAAAUGAGUUUUAAGGUUGGAGAUUCUUUCGAUCCAUCUAGUAGCUUGAUUGUCGAUGCAGAAGUCUAAUUUUUUUUUUAUUUUUUAUUUUAUUUUUUAGUUUUUUGGAAAAUAUUUCUCACUAUAACAUUAUAUUCUGUCUACUUUAAAUUCAAUUUACAGGAAACU